AUGGCUGUGAACUUGCCAUUUCCAAUAUUCAAAAGUACAGGAGACGACAAGCGCGACAUGGAGAUCUUUGAAGAAGAUUUAAAAGAUUACUGUACGCUAAAUAAUUGGUAUGACCCGUCAAAGUCAACCGAAGAAGAGAGAUGGAUCAAAACUGACAAAGCAAUAGCUUGCCUUCGAGCGUGUCUUACACCAUCAGCAAGAACUGUAUACAAAUACAGCUUAGGUCUUAGCGAAGCAGAGCAAAAGAAGCCUCAUUCAGUACUUCAAGAAUUGCGAGAAUAUUACGGCGCAAGCAUUGGAGUCUCGGGGGAACGGCAAAAGUUUCUUCGCUUACUGCAACAAGACGCUGAAUUGAUAAGUUCAUGGGAGUCCCAUAUACGAAAUCAGAGUGCUCAGUGCGAAUACGAGAGUUUUGAAGACGAACUCAUGCGAGACCAGUUCAUAUCAGGCUUAGCAUCAGAACAACUCCGUGUUAAGCUCAUCGGCAAAGGUCACAGACAUAAGGACGGUGAACGAGCAAAGGUUACCCUGCGAGAAGUUGUCGAAGUUGCUAAAACAUUUGAAGCAACGACAGUGACAAAUCAACUCAUGAAAACGGCCAGAGAAACACAAGUGUAUGAACAAGUCAAUUAUAACAAUAAUACGAAACAAAAGCAAUCAAACCGUGACCCGUGUUUUUGGUGUAGUGGCCAACAUAAGCAACCCCGUCAGAGAUUCUGUCCAGCGUAUUCGAAAAGAUGCAACAAAUGUGGCACACUCGGACAUUUUGCCAGAGCUUGUAGAAACGCUGGAAGCGUCGAGAGUCAAAAACCAUACAUGCAACUGCAACAACAACAAUAUGCAAAUCAAGUUGAAGUCGAAGAUAAUUAUGUAAAUGAGAAUUGUUCAUGACAGAUCACGAUAUGAACAAACAAGAUAAUGCAAAUGGACGAAAAUUCUUCGCACAUCUAACCGUUGUCGAAACCAAUCGAUCAAAGGUUGUCAAAGCACAAAUCGAUUCAGCGUCAACGUGUAAUACUAUCCCUGUGAACAUUCUACAUCAACGUUUCCCGAACAUUAAAAUUGAGAAAACCAAAGCUGCGAUCCAGACGUAUGGAGAUCAACGGAUAAAACCAAAGGGCAAAGUGACUUUCUGCUGCGAAAGGAAAGGAAAAUUGCAUCUACUUGAUUUCCUGGUAGUCGACGUACCUCGUGGAAAGCCGCCAUUGUUGAGUGGUCGAGACGUAGAGAUCCUGGGAUAUUUGGAUAUUCAUGCAGAUGAGAUUCAUUCCGUGAAUGAAGUAAAAACGGACAAGAAUUCAAAUGUGCAUAAUCAGAAAAUCCAGAAUGAACAGCUCAAUCAUCAGAAUUCAGAGUGCAAUGUCCAAAGUCCAGCAAGCAACAUCCAGGGUCAAGAAAGUGUGCGUCAAAGAGCCCAACCCCUUCACAAGUCCAGCAAAAUUCCACAAUUGGGGGAGUUAACAAAAGAAUUUGUUCUAGAGCAUUAUGAUAAAGUAUUCCAACCAGGAAGAGGAAAUCCGUUGGGUGCACCCAUGCAUAUCGAGAUGGAUCCCGACAUUCGACCAGUACAUGCUCCUCGACGACGUAUUCCCGUUGCAAAGGUACAGAGAGUUAAUGAAGCAUUGAAGAAGCUCUGCGAAGAACGUGUUAUAGUUCCAGUCACACAACCAACGAACUGGUUAUCGAACAUGUUGAUAAAAGAAAAGCCUAACGGAAAACUCCAAAUAUGCAUUGAUUCAAGUCAGACAAUAAAUAAAGCAAUAAAGCGUCCAAUCUACACUAUUCCAACAAUCGAAGAAAAGCUUCCAUUUCUUACGAAAGCGAAAGUGUUUACAAUUGUUGACGUGUCGGAGGCGUUCCACAACGUAGUUUUAGAUGAACUCUCCUCUUUACUUACAACAUUCCAAGGCCCAAAUGGACGCUAUAGAUAUCUGCGCAUGCCAUUUGGAAUCUCAUCUGGUCCGGAAGAAUACCAACGAAGACGGCGAGAAUUUCUGGAGGGUGUCAUAAACAUCGCUGAUGACAUUUGCAUUUUUGGAUGUGGAGAUACAGACGAACAAGCAAGUAAAGAUCACGAUAAGAACUUAAUUGCAUUACUGGACCGAUGUAGCGAACGUGACCUGCGAUUAUCAGCCAAGAAAAUUCAAUUCAAAGCAACUUCGGUCUCUUUCAUGGGACACAUCCUCACCGACAAAGGCGUUGCCCCUGACCCAUCCAAAGUGAUCGCUAUACAAGAGAUGCCAAAGCCUGUCGACAGAAAUGGAGUUCAACGUUUCUUGGCAAUGUGUCAAUACCUGUCGAAGUUUUGCCCAAAACUGAGUAAGAUUGUCUUACCAUUGCGAGAUCUAACUAGAAUAAACGUAGAAUUCAUAUGGACAGAUGUUCACGAAAGCGCUUUCAACUCAGCGAAAGAUCUCAUUGCAUCCAGCACUACUCUGCAGUACUACGAUGUCACGCUACCUGUAACCUUGCAAGUAGAUGCUUCAGAUGAAGCAAUUGGUGGGGUUUUACUUCAGAACGGGAAGCCAGUGUGUUUUACGUCGCAUACUCUUGAUUCAACUGAAAGAAACUACGCGCAGAUUGAGAAGGAGUGUCUGGCCAUCGUUACUUGUAUGAGCAAAUGGCACCAAUACCUCUACAGGAAGAAAAAUAUCCUCGUUCACACAGAUCAUCAGCCACUGGAAACAAUCUUCCGAAAACCGUUAAGUAAAGCACCUAGACGACUUCAGCGCAUGAUGCUCAAGUUACAACAGUACUAUUUCUCGGUCCAGUACAAGAAAGGGAAGGAGAUGUAUAUAGCAGAUACUUUGUCUCGAGCAGCUUUAACCAAUCCCACAGCAAUGGGGACAAGUGAAGAAGAAGUGUUUCGCAUGGAAUUAUCAUCGAUGGACCUUAAACCACCUAACUUGUCUAAUGUCACCUUGGGGCGACUAAAAGAAGAAGUGUCAAGCGACGCAACAUUGAAAUCACUUUAUGAAACAGUACUAAUAGGAUGGCCGUUAGAGCAUCGCUACCUGCAGACCUUUCGGCCAUAUUGGUCUUUCAGAGACGAGAUUUCUAUUGACAAUGGUUUACUAUUGAAGUCUCAUCAAGUAAUCAUCCCGCCAUCAAUGAGACAAGAGAUGUUAAACAAGAUUCACAAAGCUCAUCAAGGUGCAGACAGCAGUAUAAGGAGAGCCGGACAAACACUAUUCUGGCCAGGUAUGUCAGCGGCAAUACGCCGAACCUGCUUGUCAUGUGGUCUGCAUGCACAGUAUAAAUCAGAACGACCAACCGAACUGAUGAAAUCUCAGGAGAUUCCCACACUUCCAUGGGAACGAAUAAGUGUUGAUCUAUUUCAAUUGGAUGGUAAAACGUACUUGGUAACUGUUGAUCAUUACAGUGAUUUCAUAGAAAUUGAUUGGCUAAAGAAUACGUCAGCAACGGCAGUCAUCAAUGCUAUGAAAAAGAACUUUGCCAGAGCAGGAAUUCCUCGUGCAUGCGUCAGUGACAAUGGUCCACAGUUCAGUAGUCAUGAGUACAGCCAAUUUGCCAAUGAAUAUGGAUUCAAACCAGUUAAGUCGUCGCCUUAUCAUAGCAAAGGCAACGGAAAGGCAGAAUCUGCGGUAAAGGUGGCGAAAAAUAUUCUAAAGAAAGCGCGGCAUGAAGAUCCCUACUUGGCAUUGCUGGCAUACAGGAACACUCCACAACAGGGCCACAUGUUUUCACCUGCUCAGAGGCUUAUGAAUCGGAAACUACGAGAUAUCACUGUGUCAGUACCUCAUCCUGUUUCCAGCACUGAAGUUGUGAAUGAUAUAAUGUCGCAUAGAGUCCGGUCCAAACAACAGUAUGAUAAAAGAGCAUCACCCAAACCUUUGAAAUCAUUCUCGCGAAAUGACCAAGUCUUCGUGAAACCAAAUCCGAAAAAUAAACACAAGCCAUGGAUAUAUGGAGAAGUCGUAAAAAAUCGUGGCCAUCGGUCGUGUGUCGUGAAUACGGCUGUUGGACUAAUUCAACAAAACCAUAAACAACUCCGAAAAGCUGAUGUCACACCGCAGGCUUUCAACAAAACGAACCAUGAAGAAUUGGAAAUAGUAUCCCUCCCAGACGAAACCUUACCAUCAUCAAUAGCAUUACCUACGGAAACAACCGAGGAACAAGUAACGGCGCUACCAUCUCCAGUAGUGGAAACACAGCCAGCACCUCUACGUCGUUCGACAAGAAUUCAUAAAUCGCCAGUAAGACUUAAAGAUUAUAUACGGUAACAUUUAAUCCUUAAGAAACAUUUAUCUCAACUUAGUACUUUUCUUUAUAAGAACAUUUAUUUGAACUUCAUAUUAUUGUUUUAAAAAAAAUGUGUAAAAAAAAAAGACUUUUAUAAGGGGAAAGGUGUUGAUAGGUUAUAUUAACAUUUAUGCUAAUCAUGCAUGUAAACAGUAUAAAUACAGUAGGUUCUUAUUAUGUAUGUUACUUAGGUUCUAGAGAAUAAUAAAGCAAUAUUAACAAUUUGAUAUUAUGCGGAUUCAAAGGAAUUUGAAGUAAAUUUUUGUUAUUUUCUGCUACAUUUUAUUGAAAAUGUAUUCGCAUAAAACAUUUAUUUUAACUGUAUGAAUGUUACCAAGAUUUGUGGCCCAUUUUUAUGCUAUAUUUUUAUACUUUGUGCAAACUAUAUUGGUUUAUCCCAAAAAGUAAUAAAACUCUUAUUUUUUUGUUUUUCGAGUGCAAUUGUGUGAAGUACUGAAAAAUUUAUCUUUUAAUUCCUUAAAUGUGCGGACUACUGAAAAAAGAUUUCAUUCUGUAUUGAAAUAACUGAAUUUUAACAGAAAAAAAAUUUCUGUCUGCAAACUACAUGAACAUUUGUAAAAAUCCUAACUGAUAGGGUUGUCAGAAUUUCUGACACCCCUAAUGCUGGCUGGAGAAAAUAUCUAAAAAUAUGCCAACCGAUCACCCGAUUAGCGUGUUUGAUGCGGGCUGACAGCCGGAAAUUUUGUCUCCGAUUGCUCGGCUGCCAGCUGGGCUGUACUAUAGUAUACUGUUCGUUAAAAAAAUGUGUGCAUGUCGGAGACUGGUUCUAGAAUGUUUUCAUGAGGAGAAAACCACCAAAAUUACAGUAAAUUUUCCCAAAAUCAUUGAACUGCAUCUAAGUUCAUCUUCCCAAUGCAUACAGCUAGCUAUGCGAUGUUUUAGAUGUAGCCGAUGGGAUUUCAGUGAUACUUGGAUUUGCAUCAUUUAUUUCUAGAUUAUCCAGUUGUACUCUGUUACAGGAUGACCUUUCGGUUGAGAUGUUGGUUGUAUUUAUCAUAGGACCAUGAUCGUUUCUGGCGAUUGGGCUUGCAUUAUUUCUAUUCAUAUUAAGUGGCGUUUUGACUGCUGAUGGACUAUUAAUUGGACUUGGAUUGUUUGUGUUUAAAUUAUGCAGUUUCACACUGCUAGUGGAUGUCGUUACGCUUGGAGUAUUAAUUGAAUUGUUUGCCGGCCCACAAUCAUUGUUCUCCUGGUUAUUACCUGUUAAUCUAAAUACUAGAUUUUCAAGGGACACAAGUUUCGAUUUAAAAACUGAAUUUUCCUUGCUAAGUUUAUGAAUCAUUUCCUCUUGAUGCUGUAUAAUGGCUUCCAUAUUUGCUUGUUUGGCUUUAAGUAAGUUAGUGUUCGACGCAUUUUGGGAAAUUGCUUCAGGUAAUAAUUUGCCUUCCAAGAUUGCUAUGUCUAAUUUAAUACCUUCAGUUGUUAUGCUCCUGUUUAUACAUUCACAAUCAUAGUUGCAUACCUUAGCUAAGGCAUCCCUUGCUUCGCUUUUAUUUAUUGAUGGACAUAACUCUGGUGAUUCACCGUUACCAGACGUAUUCAGGGUCUCAGUAAAAACAUUGUUUAUUACAGCGCCUAUUCCAGCUCGAAUACGUAAUGUAGCACCUAUCAAUAUAUACAAACUCGAGGUUUCAAGUUUCUGUAUUUUUCGUGAUAUUAUCUAGACGUUUCGUCGGAAGAAAAUAGUAGGAAGUGGAUUAAUAAGGCUUAUCUUAAUCUUUCAGCGGGUAUUGGUUGUUGCAAUGUUGUGCCCUUCACAAACAUUCUUGUUAUUUUUUAUUAUUACCCACGUGCUUGCCUUGGCGAUGCCAAAUCAACAAUUGCACAUACGCUAAGUCAACGUUCGAGGCCUGCUAUUCGAGGAAUAUACGCGAACUGCAAGCGGCACUUCUAAGGAACGCCGCUCUGUUGCCAAUUGGUCAACUAUCAAUCCUAACAUGUUUGCUAUCUGAUACUUUCGGGACGAGCUUUCAAAAUUCAAAUACCAAUUAAAUGAAUUAAUACGUCUAAAAAAUCCUUGCAUAUAGUACAGUGAACUUGCAGUUGUUGCCUUUAUGUAUUGCCGAAUUUUAUGAAAGCAUGUAGAAAAUUAGAAGAUAAUAUAAGGUUUGUAACACGUUAGCAUAUCGUUCUCUAGUAUAUUCUGAUAUUCAUAUGCAUGUCAUUUAUUUGCGGCGCAAAUGUGUGCACAAAUUGUAUACUUGCAGUCUUGUAUAGUUGUGUGUUCUAGAGCUCUUGUAACCUAAAACAUUUUCAAACUGCCCCACUCAAAAUAAAUCUAAUAGUAAAAUUUAUAUGACACUGAAACAGUCUUUGGGUAAAUAACAUGCAAACCGCGGCCGCAGGAGAGUGUAGAUCGCGUCUUUACAAUAAUACAACACAAAAUUUGUGUGCAUAUUUGAUGACAUCAUUUUCAUAUGUGCGUCAUAUGUAUUUUAUUUUAUUUUAUUUUAUUUUAUUUGGCUUUGCCAACUAGGGCAGGGUCACCACAACAGCAUAUGCCAAUUACUAUGGGCCCUUUUUACCUAACCCACCCUGUCAACUUUCCCUGUGGGAGGAAACCGGAGUACCCGGGGAAAACCCACAGCUUUCGGCAGAGCGUUGACUUUUACUCUUUUCACAUGGGGACUGGGUUCAGGUCGCACUGAGAAGGUACUUAGUGAGACUCGAACCUGCAGCCUCAGAGGUGAAAGGCAAGUGCGCUAACCACUUGGCCACCGAAGCCCCUAAAUACGCAACACUAUGGCACUAGAAACAGUUCAAAAUAGCGGUCGAAAAAUAGUGUAGUAUAAUUUAAUGUAGUGCUAGAAAAGUCCGAUAGCGUGCUUAGAAUAGACGAGUACAUAGUUUACGUAAGUAGAACUGCUCCUAUACUUGCCACUCCUAAGGCACAAGCAUAUAUAAUUAUGGACAUAAUUUCUAUUUUACAUAUAAAAGAAAACUAUACUGUAGUCCAAAGUGUCAUUGCCAUUGGUGGAACUUUCCAUUUUAAUUAUAUUACUGUUACUUCAUCGUGCCUAAAAUAUAUGAAAUGAACACCUGUAUCGGGAUUUGUUGCUUUCUCAUCCUUUCGGAUCCCGGCCAUUCUCAGAGAAAAAGGAAAUUGUUGAAAGGGGACGCCCAACUCCCGAGAUCCAAGAAUUGCACACAACAUCGAAACAUGGUGGUAAAGUUUUUGUUCGAACUUUUCAGACAUCAACUUAUGAAAAGUGCAAGUGGCUUGCUGGUUCUACUAAAUUGAAUAAACUAUUUUGCUAGCCAUGUCUUUUAUUCAAUCCCACAGACAAUACUGUAUGGAAUAAGAAAGGAUACAGCGAUUUGUGGAAUUUAUCUAAUGCUAUCAGUAUACACGAGAAAACCAAAAGCCAUUUGUCAAGUUGUUUGAUGAAUGCUGUUUUUGGUCGAACCCGCAUCGAUUUGCAACUAAACAAGCAAACACAUCAGCAUAUAUCAGCGCAUAAUCUGGCAGUGCAUAAGAAUAGAGAGAUACUUCGCUGUUUUAUCGAUGUGGUUUGUUAUCUUGGUAAACAGGAACUUUCCUUUAGAGGACAGGUGGAGCUCGAGAGUCAGCUAACCGUGGCAAUUAUACGUGGAAUUGGUAAAGCUGAUCAGUAUAUAUGACUCCUUGCUGGAACAACAUCUUCAGACGGCUACUGUGUUUUCUGGAAUGUCGAAUCAUAUUCAGAACGAUUUGAUAAUUUCUGUUAGGAAUGUUAUAAUGAAAGCAAUUAUGAACGAAGUGAUAAGCAGCCCAUUCGUUGCGAUUUUUAUGGACGAAACCUCCGACAUUAAAACUUUGUCUCAGUUAACCACUAUUAUUCGCUAUGUCGACGCUGAUGGCAAGCCUGUGGAGCGUUUUCUCGGAACAGAACAGCAGCGAGGUUGAAACAAGAGGUUGACAGUACUUUAGAGGAGUACGAAUGUGGUGAGAAAUUAAUUGCGCAAACGUAUGAUGGAGCGAGCGUUAUGUCGGGGCAACUGACCGGUUUGCAAGCUCGUGUUAGAGAGGACUAUCCACAUGCCUUGUUUAUCCACUGUUGUGGAUAUGCUUUGAAUUUAGUGUUGGUCCAAGCUGUGUCCUCAACCAAAGAGUGCAGAGUAUUUUUCAAAACUAUGAAUAGCCUUUCAUCCUUUUUCCACGCCUCAUCCAAGAGAACGCAUCUGUUAGACACGAUUGUUGGUAGACGUAUUCCCACUGGUACCGAUGGCAUUAUCACGCCAGACUAAUCCAUGCGAUACUGGAGACGUGGGAGAAGCUAGUGGAAGUUUUCGAAUACAUCCUGGAACACAAUGAGGAAUUCGAAGACUCAGUACUAAACGAAGCUCGUGGCUACCGAAAUAUUCUUACAGAUUUCCAAUUUGUGUUCCGCCUAAACAUAUUUUCAGCUGUGUUUGGGCUCACAACUGUUCUCUACGACAUUGUCCAGAGCAAGCAGUUUGAUAUCGCCUAUUGUGUUACGAAAGUUCAGGAAACAAAAGCCAGAAUUCAAGAAUUACGGAAUAACUUUGAAUCGUCCUGGAAUUCUACAUUGUACUGAUGAAACGAGGGCAAACUGAACAAGAAGUUAACACGUCAUUCCGUCAAAUAUUUUUCCCUGUUGUUGAUACUACGGUCAUGCAGAUUGAUAUUAGGUUCGAAAGUCUUAACAGCAAAAUUUUCUGGGGGGCAUGCAUUGCCUACCCAAUCUGUUCACUGCACGCCACUGGGGUGAUGAUCGAUUCGAAAAUUUUUGUAGCUGUUUUCGGCGAGAGUUUGUGAAAGUCUAGAGUUUUACGAAUUUUAUAAAGAGCAUGCAAAGCUUUUUUGCUUAACUGCUGUUGUGCGAGUUUAAAUUUGUCAUUUGGCAUGAGUUUUAAGCCAAGAUAGGUAUAUUCUUUAACUAUAUCUAUCUUCUUAUUUCCAAUGUGGAAGUGAAGGUUUGGUAAUUUUGAGUUGUGUUUUUGAAAAAUCAUAACUUCUGUUUUCUUGAUGUUGACUUCCAUAAGCCAUUUAUUACACCAUUUGUGUAACUGAUUCAAACAAUUUUGUAGACCAUGUGUUGAUCGUGAAAGUAUAAUUAGAUCAUCUGCAUAUAAGAGACUGUUGAUAGCAGUUCUGUUUGGUAAUACAAAAGGGUCUGAUUGAGCUUGUUCAAAUAGUUUGUUUAACUGAUCGUCGUGAUGUGAGGAGCUUAUUUCGAAGCUCCUGUUCUGAUCAGUAUAUGUAUGUAUGUUUGUUUCUUCGAAUAAAAUAUCUUUUAUAGCGACCUUGUUUGUACUUGUGUUUGUAUAUCAACGUGUUAACAUGGUAGAAAUAGCUCAAAUCGAGGAAGUAUUGAAGAAAGAAUUGGCACCUGUUCACACUAAGCUUGCUGCGGUAGAAGGAAACCUUAAACAAAUGACCACGUCCUUAGAAUUCUUAUCGACAAAAUACGAUCAACUGCUAGGACAUUCCAAGACCACUAACGAGAAAAUAACAGGGCUUACAAAAACAACUAGAACCAUUCAAGCAGACAUUAAAAUCAACAGAGAUAUGACUCUCGAAGCAAAAGGGGAAUCCGACGAGCUAGCACAGUACCUGCGAAGAGACUGUCUUGAAAUUUCAGGAGUGAAACCAAAUGCAGAAUACAGUAGCGAAGCCAUCGUAGAGAGUAUUGGCAAAGUAUUGAAAGUUAACAUCGAAGAAAAAGACAUUUCAACCGCCCACCCAUUACCUACGUUCAAUAAUUGUGAAGUUCACUUGCAGAAAUGUACGCAACAAAUUCUACGCUGAAAGAAAAACUCUUGCUGGCAAGAACCUCAAAGAUAAUCCACAUGUCAGAAAAUUUCUAGUUGGAGAUAGUAUAUAUAUUUCAGAAUCGCUUACCCCUCGAAGAAAGAAGCUAUAUGGCGAUAUUAAUAAGUUUCGAAAAAAGCUUAAAUGGAAGUUUAUCUGGUCUCAUAACGGACGAAUUUACAUAAAGAAGAACGAAGCUACAACCGAACGCUAUGCUUUUGACACUGCUGAUGACCUUGCUAAAUUUCAACAACAUUUUCAGGCACUCGGCUAAACUGGCAUUAUGUACGAUCUUGUAAUAAGGGUAUAUUUAGCCUAUUGGUAUUACUUUUCUCCUUCCAACAUGCAUAUCUUUUGCAAAACUUUACUAAGUGUAUUUUAUUUGGGUGUGUUUGUCAAGACCUUUGAAAUUAAUAUUAUCAUUUUCUUUUGUGGUAAUGCUUUAAUGAAAUCUUAUAUAUGCAGUGCAAUUACCUGUAAAAUUUAAUAGUGCUACUAUUAUGUUAAGUGAGUUACCCUACUAUAAUCUUACGGAUGAGCAAUUUACAAAAGAAAUAGGAGCCUGGGUGUAUAAUUCAAUUGAUAACUUGUAUGCGAGAUCUAAAGAUCUGUUUAAAGAUAUUGUUGAAAGCCCUGACAAAGCAAAUGACUGUAAUGAAAACUUAAUCUACGACUCUAUUGAAUCUAAAUAUCAUACUACAAAACAAUUUGGGAAUAGGUUUUCAAAUGUUAAGCAUAAAGGCAGAGGAGGUUCGACAAGCAGGCCGCAAAGCAUCAUGGGUUUGAGUGCCUAAUUCCAGGCGUGGCUUCAAUGACUCUUUGACUGUCGUGGAGUGAACAUCUCUCUGAGUAAACAAAUAUGGAAGCAUUCGAAAUACAAGAUUGUCAGGCUGCAAAACUUCGUGAAAAUAGCAUGUUAUUGCUGUAUUGUUGCGAUCCUCAUUAUGGCUUGUGUUUUACUAUACCAAGUUUACCUUAUAUUAAAUUACAUGGGAUGUGCUGUCAUUUUAGCUUUAUAAAUAAUCCGUCUGUCAAAGCGAAGGAAUUGUGUUUAUAUAAUUCCCAAUAGUGAGGCCCUUCUUUCUAAGUUGGAUGGCGUUAAAUAUCUGUGUAUCAUCAACGUGAAAACAAGCGCAGUAUUUAAGGUUAGUAUAUUACAAUGCAUUUAAUACAGUUGACUUGUUAUUUGGUCAAAUUUCCGCUUUGCUGUUUUCAAUAUUGUACUGUAAUUUUAUAAAUACACUGUACAAAUUAUGGCGUAAUAUUUCUAAUAAUUUAACCCUUUAGUUUGACCCUACUCCUGAUGAGUUUGCUAACGAAAACACCCAGCAUAUGCUUUUGAUUUUGGAUUUCGAUGUGGAUCAUAUAUUGACAGCGAAUAGAAUUGAUGAUGAACAUUCAGAUGAUGAACACUGGUUCUCAGAUGGACUUGAAGGUAUAUUGUUAUUCAGUUAUUUGUAUGGUUUUAUAAAUUUUUGCUGAGUGUGAUGGCUGUUUGUAUCUAGUUGUGGGUCGUUGUUUAAAUGUGCAAACUGUAAUUUAAUAUUUUUUUAAAAUUUUCAUCUAAAUAUUGCUGUUUGUAUAUUUUUGCUAAUUUUAGAGAUGACAAAUAUGUAUCAAAUAAUAAUUUCCUUGUUAUGAUUUUGUAGAAAGAGAUUUACUUGAGUGGUUGGCUGGUCUUGAACCUGUUCAAGAUGUAUAUGAUAAUGAAAGAGGUGAUCAAGGUGAUAGGGCAGAAUUAGUGAUGACAAGUUAAGUGAUGAAGACGAAAGUGAUGUGGAGGAAGAAAUCGCCCACUCUGUACCAUUCAAGUGCAUCGGUGCUGCUCAUGAGAAAAACUACUGACAUCAUUUGGAAAAUUGAGGCAUAAUACCUCGCUCUUCAUGAACAAGAUAAAACAGUGAAUUCAAUGUAAGAAUACGGCCAGCACCAUUCAGAUUGAAUCCAAGGGACCCAAGUGCAAUGGUCAAUUCCAGCUUUUAGGUUAUGAAUGCAGGGGGUGAUGGGAAGUAAGGUAUCAUAUUGCUGAUAAUGCUGAAAAAAUAGAAAUGGUGGCCUUGUAAACGUGGAGAGAUAGCUAUUGUAAAUAUUGAAAUAUUUUGGUUGUUUGGGUAGAUUAUUAAAAAUUUUCAGCAUAAUCAGCAAUAUGAUACCUUACUUCCCGUCACCCCCUGCAUGCAUAAAUUAAAAGCUGGAAUUGCCUAUUGAUCUAUAUAGACUAUGGAACUGUAUGGACACAUGUUGGUUAUAUUGCUUCUGAGCUAUGCAAGUAUUUGCACCCACUAAUUGCUGCAGGAGAUGUCAUGGAUGUCUAUGUCAGUGUAUCAAGUAUAGGGUUGACUUUUUAAAUUAAAAAUAGGAUUUUAUCAAAAAAUUUUCUUAAAGACACCUGAGGCCGGUUGUUCAAAGGUGGGUUAGCCCUAACCCUGGGUUAAAAUUUAACCUGCUGUUUUAGUUUGUGUACUUCUGCACAUAGAUCUGUGUAUUUCAAAACUUCAGAGAAGUAAACUCCUAUCAAUCCAGAUAAGAUCUCUGAAGAAAUAUUUCCAAAUUUAUAGAAAAGCUGUCAGGAAGUUUGCUUCAAAUUUUAGGUUAACCAUGGGUUAAACUAACCCAGCUUUGAACAACCGGCCCCUGGUGAGUGGGGACUCGAGUGGUAGGAAAAAGCAUGAGUGUAUGUUGACAGAUUGUUUAGCAAGUUAUUAGUGCAUUUAUUUCAAUUGGCUAACUUUUUUAGUUUUUCCAGCAUUUUUUAAACAAACCAUAGGUUAUGAAUGAUAACUGGGUAUAUCUAAUUAAACCAAUUUGUCAUGUACACUCAUGCAAAUAAGACUAAGUACAUAAAUAACUGUAAAAAAUGUACUUUAGUAAAUAAAUGAAUAUUUAUUCAUACACUUGACCUACUAAAUAAUAAAACAAGAAGAUGUCUAUGUAUAUAAUGUUUAUUAAAUUGAUCAGAGAUCCCACUUUAGCUCAGAAACCACUGCCAGCAGGGAAAGACCCCACAAUAACAUGCCACUUAAUUUGCUAUAUGAUACAUAAAAACUUAUUUUAUUGCUUUAAAACAAGUGAAGCUCUCUGCUGGCUUGAAAUGGGCUGUUAUGACACUGAUUUGUCCAUGCUGAGGAUUCCGCAGCUCGAUUUGCAACAAAAAACCAGUAUCAGGCGAUCAGCUCGUCUUGAAAUACGUACACGAUCCAGUCGCGUCGGCCAAAGACAACAAAACUUUGAAAAUCGCACAGAUAUAAAUUCUAAAAAAAUAUUAAAACAACUCCUAAGUCUUCUAAAUAAUAUUUUAACACUUUAACAAAAAUUCAUUGAAAAUAUCAUCUUUGAUGGCGCAUUUUCUUUCCAAGGUAUUAGACGCCAUUUUAGCGAACGUCGAGUUGACAAUAGUCACUUCAACGGUCAAUAUCUCGAAAACUGCCGGGGGACACUGGAAUCAUUCCAGCAAAUUUAAAGCUUAUACUUUUGUCUUGAUGACUACCAAAAAUGAAGAAAAUCGAACCAUGGGAAUUCUAGAUAUUUCAUUUUAAACAUUGUAAACAUAUUUAGACUUGAGUCAACACGUCGCGGGGAUCGACUAACUUCAAACAUCAAAAUAACAUUGAAAAUAACAUUUACCUAAGCGAUUUUUGCAGAUAUCACCAGAUCUUUAGCAGUAGUACUACUACACUUGAAAUUUUGCAAGAAAAUUUUAAUAUUAAUAUUUUUUUCCGAUUUAUUUUCCGUCGAAUGCAAAUUUUUCUGUCCAAAUUCUGCAGAUAACACGAUGGAAAAUAGAGCGAUCUCAUUGGUCGAGAGCUCACGUGAUAACUCGCUAUAUUCGACUAUUUCUCCAAUAUUUUCCAAUAAAGAGUUUGUCAUGACACGCUCAAGUCAGUAUAACCAGACUGUAUUUUACUUAUAUCAGUUAUCACAGUCACAGGCAAUUUUAUGCUGUCAAAUACCGUCGGUUGCAAGUAAGGGUGAACAGUUGCAGAUAAAACAUUCUCUAUUCUCAUUAAAAGGCCUGUAAAGGUUUGCAAUAGGUCUCUAGCCCAACACGUUCAGACUACACAAAGUCUUGUUACUUAUUAUUGUACACAUGGGAAACAACAAUUAAGUGUUGUUGUUCUUGACAAUUGAAGAUUCUAAUCACGCGAAUGUUUUUAUGAGCGACUGUUCAUCGUUAGUUGCAAGCGACGGUACAACAUACUAUGAACAUUUUUCCGACUGUGACCGAAUGUGCAACGAUAUAUUUUUCAAAGUUGUUAUCAAUUCCUAAAAUUUGUUUUUAGUAAAACGGCCUGCUCAGCACUCACUACUCACGAUGAUUUCAUUUAGAAAUGCAGUUACCAGGAAAGGAACUGAUUCUAAAAUAUGUAAAUUUAAAAGCAUUGGCUAACAGAAUAAAGCGAUGUGAAGACAAGGUAUAAACUUUUAUAGUUGCUAUUUGUUAUAAGAUCCUAUAAAUAAAUCGGUUCAACAAUAAUUUUGCCUCGAAUUUCCAUAUUCUAUGCUGCAUGUUUAUAUUUUAUUUUUAUGGUAUAAAAAUAAAAUUGUAAUACUAUGAAAUAAAAUACAUUUCUGUUUAUUGACCAGUACUUAUUUAAUCAAAGUCUUCUUCAUCCAGUGGUCAGAGUAAAUUUCUACUUCUAGCAAGUAAAUAUUUGACAAGCAGUCUGGAAUAAGCACAGCAAUAAGCACAAUAAGCCAUUUUAUAGUAGCAAUAUGAAAAGUUUUUUUCUUUUUCCAUGACUUUUAAUGCAUCAGCCAAAUCCAAGUGUGCCCAUCCCCCUCGCCCAGCCAUUUUCCUGUAAAGCACAUCCCGGGGGUUGGGCAUUUCCGGCUCGAACCUUAGCCCCGGCUGGGCAUUUGAAAUUAAGGAUUUGGAGGUUUUGCGAUCACUGGUAACUUGAUAAUAAUAUAAAACAAAACACUUCUAUCUGCAACUUUUACAAUCACUGAUAACUUGACAAUAAUUUAAACCAGUCAAGUUGUAGUUUAAAUAGAGAAUAAUACAUGGGUGCGCGGAAAUAUCAUAUUUAUUUCGAGUGUUGAACAUGAUAUCUCACAAGUGGGCGCAGCGAACGAGUGAGAUGUCAUGUUCAACACGAAAAAUAAAUCUGGUAUUUCCGCGCACCCAUGUAUUUUUCUGUUUAUUAUAUAAAGGACAGUCUUUGAAAAGCGAUAAUUUUUACAGAAAUGCGAUAAUUGAAUAGCGAUAAUUUUCACAUGUGAGAUUAUCAUGAAUAAUUUGAUUUCCAGUGCACUUUUAGGUAAAUUUAAGUAGAUUUGCAGAAGAUUUUCAGAAGAAUUCCGGUAAUUCUCAGGACAUGAGAAAGUGAAUUUGGAAAACAACUGUAUUUUCGGAAAAAUUACUAUAUGUCCUGAAAAAUUUUUGUACAUCUGGAAACAUUUUGGUAACCCCCCCCCGUCUAUCUAUCCUCACACACACCCUGAGACGAAGUGCUCACAACGGCACUGAGUAUACAUCUUUUGAAAACAGGCAAGGGGUUAUUGCAUGCAUGUAUUUCUAGUAUUAUAGGAUAAUGGCAGUUAAUCGACAGAAUUUCUGAGGGGUGCGCCCUAUCAGCGCACCCCCGGUCAUAUCAACAUGAAAAAACCUCGGUACAAAUAGGGUUAAAGCCAACAACAGACGACGAACAACAACUCAAGACCAACGUACUUCCCGGCGAGAUUGCAAUGUAUUUACACAAACAGUCAUAUCGACAACCACGACUUGUAAACGCAAUGUAUGACGCUGAACAGCGAAUGCAAGAGAUCAUGGAUGCGCCACAGAUUAGCGCAGUGGGAAAAAGCAAAUUAUACUCUGAUCAACUAAAUUGGUUUCUCAUAUUCAAAAACAAGAUGGAUGUUCCGGCUCAAGCUCCUGUUCAGAGAACUCCACUAGUGUCUUCUACUCCUGUAUCUGCUGAGAUACCACCACAAGCGCCUCCAACUCCUGUAAUAGCGGAAAUACCACCACCAGUGCCUGCUACUCCUAAACCUGAUUUCCUUACGCCACCACCAACAGAAGGGGAACGACCAAAACUCAAGCUCAACUUUUUCCACAAUUGGGUCGACCCAGCAGAUUGGACCGAACGUGACCUAGCACGAAUGACUCCGGAAGCAAGAGAGUAUUAUAAACGUUUUAUAUUGAGCGACAGACCAAAAUAUAUUCCAAUGAAGCCGGAGAAAAUUGCAAAGUUAUUCCCAGAAGAUAGACAAGAAUAUGAGAACUCUUUAAAAAUAACAAAAACACCUAGACGUUACGCUCUUAGAAGACCGUACUAAAUUUUGUAAAACGUUUUGAAGAAAUAAAUUUAUUUUGAAACUGAAAUCUUGUGCAAGCUUUUGCCUGCAAGCCCCGCUCUUUCCGUCCGCGCGAUUUACCUAACCCGCCCGCCUGAUUGGUGUACAAAUAUGUUGUACAUUAAUAUAUGAAUGCACCCAAGCGUCGCUAAUGACUGGCAACACAUAGCAACGUAUAUAACGACCGAAUAUUUGAUAAAAACAUAUUUAUUUUUUUGGCAAAAUAUAUUACCACUGUUCUAAAAGGUUUUUUUCUUCAAGUAUUCUUGAACAAUUUUAAGACGAAACUUAAGACAAUUCUUAUUGAGAAGCGAUGUCCUUCUUUUUAACUUUUUUAACUCAUAAACUAUAAUAUAUAGUAUAAUUUUAGUUCAUGUAAUAACUUUGAUACGAUUGUUGUAAAUAUAUAUAGUCGAUAACUCAUAAUUUUUUCUAAAAUCCAUGUAAAUUGUCAUUGAAAAGCCCAUUUUAGGGAAUGUCAAUUAAUAAAUUCAAUUCAAUUCAAUUCAAUAAGCUUGCUGAUGAUCUGACUCGGUCAUCUUAACAGUAUAUAUGUAUGUAGGCGGUGUGCUAUAUAAUGUUGAACAACAUGCAAAUAUUAACCAUAACAACGACGUUGACAACCAUGUUAACCCGGGAUUAGAAACUGUUUAGUUCUGUUUAAAAUAUAUAUGUCUCGAUUUUUGUGAUGAAUAGAUUCCUUGCUAUUAUUUUGUAAACAUACGAAAAAUCCUUCAAUAUACCUCUGGAAAUUUAUCUCUUCCGAGCAAAGAUACGGCUACAACUCUGCUAUAUAUUAAUUUCGAUAACAAUUUUACCUUGUGAGGGACUUGAACCAAUCUUAAUCCCUCUUUUGUAUCACACACGUGGAGGGACGCUAGAAAAUGUCUGGUCAGCAAGUUUUGACCGAUUUCGUCCGAACAUGCCCGCGUGACGUCAAUACAUGUAUUAAGUGGAGGUAUGUUAAUUAAUUAGCGCACCCUUACGCACCCUCACUCCACCACACUCCACCACACUCCUCCUCACUAUGCUUGCCCGCGUGACGUCAUUGCAUAUAAUUAUGACGUAUGCAAAUGAUGAUGCGCCGCCCUGAAUUUUUAAUGAUGCGCCGCCCUGAAUUUUUAAUGAUGCGCCGCCCUGAAAAUCCGGAUCGAACGGUACCUAUAUUACUACUUGCUUCUGUGUUAUGCAUGAUUCAUUCAGAUAAGCCAGAAUUAACAGUUGAAAGCGUCACUUAAAUAUAGAAAAUGGAUAUCGGUUGAUGUGUCAUCUUUUAAUCAUGACAUUGCUGCAUCGGACCUAUGCACACAACCACCGAACGAUCUAGAAGACUUGGUUGCUUGCUAUGAUACUACUCUAAAGGCUGUCUUGGAAAAACAUGCACCAUCUAAAACUAAGAUCAUAGUAAAACGACCACGGGUACUUUGGUUUAAUGAGCAACUCAGGAAGGCAAAGCGAGAAAGACGAAAAGCAGAGAGAAAGUGGCGAUUAUCUAAGUUGCAGAGUGAUUUUUCUAUUUUUAAAAUGAAACGAAAUGCGGUAAAUCGAUUAAUUGCUACAUCCCGUACGGAGUAUUAUACGAAUAUCGUUGAAGAGAACAAGGGUGACCAGAGAAAACUGUUUAAAACAUGUAAGUGUUUAUUUGGUCAACAUGACGAUGAAGGCCUUCCUCCUAAUUUGGAUUGUAAGUCUUUUGUCAGUGACUUGGACAAAUAUUUUGAACAAAAGAUCACAAAUAUACGUAGCCAAUUAGAUAAUAAUGAGUUGUCCAGUGUCCCCGAUGACCCGCAAAUUGCUUCUCCUGUGACCGAAUCAAAUGUCCCGCAGUUCUCCGAGUUCACUCCCCUUUCUGAAUCUGAUGCUAAGGUAUUAAUUAGCCGUUCUUCGUUAAAGACGUGCCACCUUGAUCCAGUGCCAUCCAAGUUAGCUGCUCAAUGUGAUGAUGCAUUACUACCUGUAAUAACAAGAAUUAUCAAUCUCUCUGGUUGCUUUCCGCUUAACUGGAAGGAAGCACUUGUUCAUCCACUCUUGAAGAAAAUUGGUAUUGAAGCUACCUUCAUGAAUUUUAGGCCCGUGAGCAACUUUCCAUUUAUACCCAAGCUCACUGAAAGAGCUGUAUUCGAACAGACACAUGUUCAUAUGGUAGAUAACGAUCUGUAUCCAUCUGCGCAAUCAUCACAUCGAAGGAAUCAUAGUACUGAGACUGCUCUGCUGAAAGUGAAGAAUGACCUUUUGAUGAACAUGAAUGAGCAACAUGUCUCGCUCCUUGUACUACUGGAUAUGAGUGCGGCGUUCGAUACGGUUCAUCAUCGUAUUCUUCUUGGGCGUUUAUCAUCUAAAUUUGGUUUUACUGGAGGUGCUUCUAGUUGGUUCCACUCUUAUUUAUCCCAGAGAUCUCAGCGCAUAGCGAUUCGCGGAACAGUUUCAUGGUGUUCCUCAAGGUUCUUGCCUGGGUCCUUUAUUGUUCACAAUUUAUGCCAGCAAUCUAUUUGACGUCAUUGAGAAACACUUACCAAUUCACAUUGCUAUGGAGAUGACAUUAUAUAUUAUGAUGACAUUAUAUAUUGCAUUUAGUCCAACUGAAGAACGUGGUGAGUCAGAUGCGGUCAUUGCCAUGGAACGUUGUAUCGAAGACAUUAGAGUGUGGAUGUCUGAAGACAAAUUGAUCAUGAAUGCUGAUAAAACUGAAUUUCUCCUUAUUGGUACAAGACAGCAACUCGCUAAGGUCAAUCUCAGCCAUAUCACGGUUGGUGCUAUGGACAUUGCCCCCCAACCUGUUGCUAAGAAUCUAGGAGUAUGGUUUGAUUCUAACCUCUCCAUGAUCACCCACAUUUCAAAGACAUGCUCUUCUGGAUUUUACUUUCUAUAUAAUAUAAGACGCAUUAGAAAGUACCUUACUAAAGAAACGACCCAGACACUCAUACAUGCUUUUAUAUCAAGUCGCUUGGAUUACUGCAACAGCUUAUUGUAUGGAUUGCCGAAUUCCCAAUUAAGCAAGCUACAGAGGGUGCAAAAUGCCGCUGCACAUCUCGUGUUCCAAAGAAUCAAAAUUUUGCCGAAUUACACCAUUGUGGCGAAGCUUACACUGGCUCCCAGUCAAAUACCGUAUUGACUUUAAAAUUCUCCUACUAACGUUUAAGGCUAUUCACAAAAUUGCUCCAGAUUAUAUAAGUAACCUAAUUAGCCUCAAGGGGUCUACAAGAAGGGUGAGAAGGGCAGUGACUUGAUGGAACGAAUACAUUCAUUUUUAAAGCAAGACCCGGACAAUGCUUCAGAAAUCGCUAAUCCUGCUGAACUUGAUCUAGAACGGUCGAUUGAAAGUUUGCUAGCUGACGAUUCUGACGAUGUCACAGAUGAUACGUUUGAAGAAUCGUUCAGUGAUCAAUGUGAUAUUGCAAAGGAAUUGAAAAACCAAGAGGAAAAACAAGCCAGUAUAGAUUCCGAAACCAGUACAAAGCACGAUGAAUCGAACACGAAGUCAAAAAAUUUGCAUGCAUGAAGAGUCCAUCGGUCUAUAUACGGUGACAAAGUCUGGCAAUCUGCAAACAAAAUCAACAAAUAGGCAUAAUCCCUUGGGAAGUAGUGCCAGCUGUAAUCGCGACUCCGCUGAGAUUAGUCGACUGAAUUCGAAACUUGACAGAUUUUCUGAAAACGUGACAAACAAAUUACAAAAUCUCAGCGUCGAGAUAAACAACAUUAAAGAGAACAAACCCUACUCUAUUUUGGUUUUAGAAAACGUAGUCAAUGAUCUAAAGGAAGAUAAGCUUGUGCUAAUUAGAAAGAACGACGAACUCAGGGAACAAAACAUGGAUAUGUCUCAUAUUAUAUCUGAUUUGAAAAUGGCAAACAAGAAUCUGGAAAGCGAAAAGAGCAGCCUGUUGACAGCUCUUAAAUUAAUACAAAAUGACCACCAACAAAGGUGCACGAAAACAAUUGUGGAAAAUGACGGCGAGAAUAAUGUGGAAUUGGUUUGCGAAACAAUAGAGGGAAGUGAAGUCACUCAACCAAAACCUUCAUCUAAUCAGCCCGCAAACGAUAAGCAUCUUAACACCGAAGCUAGUACUGGGAAAAAUCGUAAAAAGAAGGGAAAGAAAUCUAAGUCCAAACCUCCAACACAAAAUUCCAGCCAACAAACUGCGGAUGUAGAUACUUCUGGUGGUAUUGCGAACACCUCUAGUUCUAAAUCAACGGGGCAAGGCAAGAAAACAGUUGUUAUUGCAGGGGACUCAAUUGUUAAAAAUACUAUUGGUCCGAAAAUGAGUGCUGACGAUCCUAAUCACCAUUUUAUUGUAAAGUCGUUCCCUGGAGCAACAGUCUCAGAUAUGGAGGAUUUUGUCAAGCCAUUGACAAGAAGGACACCGGACAAGAUGAUCUUACACGUCGGAACAAAUGACCUGAGAAGUCAUUCUAAGCCGAAAAUAAUAGCAGACUCCAUUGUCAACAUUGUAACACAAAUAAAAGAAGAUUCACCAGGUACAGCCGUUGGCAUUUCAGCUAUUCUGGUAAGAAAUGACAAUAAUGACCUAGCUGCUAAAGCUAUUCAAACUAAUAAUAUUCUUAAAAGCUAUUGUAGUCGCAAUAGAAUCCCCUUUUUAAGUAAUUCAAAUAUGAAUGCAAGCCACUUAAAUAUGAGGGGUCUUCAUUUAAAUAGACAAGGUAGUUUAGCUUUACAACAAAACUUACUAGGUUUUGCAAAAACUAUUUCAGAUUGACUUUAUCCUACUCAGUCCGUUAUUCCUAACUCGCGCGGGUUUAAGCUCGCGGCACUUAAUGUGAGAAGCCUAGUAAAUCAUAUUGAUGAGCUGCGAGUUUUGCUUGCUACUAGCCCGAUCGAUGUCCUAACAAUAAAUGAGACAUGGCUUAAUUCUACAAUAAGCGAUAACGAUGUAUAUAUACCUGGAUACGAAAUCAUACGUCGUGACAGGGCAUUUAGAAGUGCAGAUGGAAAAACGUAUGGAGGUGUUUGUUUUUAUGUACGCUCCAGCGUAAAUUUCAUACAGCGUAAAGACAUGUCUAUUGAUAAUUUAGAAAAUCUAUGUAUUCAAAUUCAAAAACCAAAUUCUAAGCCAUUUCUCGUUGCGACAUGGUACAGGCCACCAAAUUCGAAUGUUGAUAAAUUUAAUUAUUUUGAGACAUUUAUUGACAUGCUUGAUGCUGAAAAUGUCGAGUACUAUUUAUUGGGUGACCUAAAUUGUGAUCUCGGGUCGCCUGAUUUAGAGAGUAAUUCGAGAUCAUUAGUAGGCAUCACUGAGCUCUAUGGUUUACAUCAAUUGAUAAGUGAACCGACUCGAAUUACUGAAACUUCCUCAACUAUGAUUGAUCAUAUAUUCACCAAUACACCAGAUAAAAUUGUUUGCUCCGGUGUUUCUCAUGUCGGUAUUAGUGAUCACAGCUUAAUUUAUGCAUUCCGUAAGCUUUCAACCGGUCUACACAAUAAAGGCCAUUCUACAGUAAAUUAUCGAAAAUUUAAAAAUUUUAACUCUGAAAGUUUUCGAAGUGAUAUUUUUUCACAGAAUUGGGACGUCAUAAGGGCGUAUAAUAAUCCGAAUGAUAUGUGGCGUGUGUGGAAAACGACCUUUAAUAACGUAGUGGAAAUGCAUGCUCCUUUACGGACAAGGCGGGUAAGACUUUCUAAGUCGCCCUGGAUCACGCCUGAGUUAAAAAGACAUAUGCAUGAAAGAGAUAUUUUAAAAAUCAAGGCUAUUCGAUCUAAAGAUAUUUAUGACUGGGCUGCUUUUAAGAAAGCUCGCAACUCUGUGAACAAUGAAAUUAAAUUUGCGAAGAAAGCCCAUUAUAUGAAUGCUUUUCAUGAAAACGAGAGUAAUGUGAAAAAAACUUGGGGUAUUAUUAAUGAAUUAACCUCAAGAAAACAAAAUAAUUCACAUGUAAAAGAGAUUAAACUAAAUGGUUCUUCAGUUAGUGACCCCCCGGGGUUAUCAGAGACGUUUAACACUCAUUUUGCUAGCAUUGGACCUAAGCUUAUGGAGAAGAUACCUUGUGAUGAAAAUAACUGCUCAUAUUUAGAAUAUCUCAAUUGCCAUAUUAGUGGUAAUACUUUUGAGUUGAAGUCGACAACUUCAUCAAUGGUUUGUUCACUUUUGGACAAACUCUGUAAAUCUAAAGCAACUGGCCUAGAUAAAAUAUCUGCUAAGCUUCUUCGCUACUGUCCUGACCUACUGUCGGAAUCCCUUACCGUAAUUUUCAAUUGCUCUAUUAAUACCGGUAUCUUUCCUGAUGAAUGGAAAUGCUCAAAAGUCAUUCCAUUAUUUAAACACGGUGAGCGUAGGGACUUGAAUAAUUAUCGCCCAAUUUCGAUAAUCCCUGUUGUAGCGAAGGUUUUCGAGCGAAUUAUUUAUGAUCAAAUCUAUGCCUUUCUUACUGACAACAAUUUACUAUGUAAUAGCCAGUCAGGGUUUCGAUGUCUACAUUCAACUGUCACCGCGCUUCUUGAGUCCACCAAUAACUGGGCAUACAACAUUGACCAAGGCCGAGUUAAUGCUGUAGUUUUCCUAGAUCUUAAGAAAGCGUUUGACACAGUUAACCAUGGAAUUUUACUAUCAAAACUGAAUGCGUAUGGUCUUGGGGGUGCUGUGGGUAAUUGGUUUAAGUCUUAUCUAAUUGACCGCAGUCAAAAAUGCUAUGUUAAUGGUCACCUUUCUAACAAUCGUACGUUACUCUGUGGUAUUCCACAGGGGACUAUUUUAGGACCAUUGUUAUUUUUACUGUAUAUAAAUGACUUACCAAAUUGCCUUGAGCACUCCCAAGCACGAAUGUACGCGGAUGAUACUAAUUUAACAUUUGCAAGUAACAAUAUUGACGACAUAAAUUAUCACCUUAAUCAUGACCUUGCAAAUGUGAACAAAUGGCUUAUCGCCAAUAAGCUUACUCUAAAUCAAUCCAAAACUGAAUUUAUGCUAAUUGGCUCACGACAAAGAAUAGCCACAUUUCGAUCAGUUCCAUGUUUAGAAAUAGACGGGGUUCCUAUUGACAAGGUUUUAUAAGCAAAGUCUCUCGGAGUGUACCUCGAUGAGAAUCUAUCUUGGAAUAUACAAAUUAAUGAAUUAACAAAAAAGAUUGCUUCUGGUAUUGGCGCUUUAAAACGUGUUCGAUCAUUUGUCCCAGUCGCAACAUUGCAAUUAAUUUUUAAUUCCUUGGUUCAGCCAUAUUUCAAUUACUGUUGCACAGUUUGGGACAAUUGCAACAAAACCCUAGCUGAAAAACUUCAAAAACUACAAAAUCGUGCAGCGAGAGUACUAACAUUCUCCAGUUAUGACACUAAUGCUGAUGGUUUAAUUGAGAAACUUGGCUGGAAAAAAUUAUCAUCCCAGCGCCAGUUUCAAAAAGCUGUCAUGGUCUAUAAAUCAUUAAAUGUGACCCUCUUUGGGAAAACAUACGUUAACGUUUUUCCGUUAAAACGGCCAAAAAAAUGGAUUGCAAACGGAUAGUGAACGGUUUGUAUAAACCGUUUUCACGGUCUUCGAAAACGUUAAAACGGUGCCAUGAUAUUUUUUAACGCUUUCGAGAAACCGUUUUCACGGUUAAAGGUUACCGUUUAAACGGAUGGAAGAAGCCGUUUUCACGGAUAGUGGCAUCCGUUUUAACGGAUGAAGCCACCAGUUUAAACGGAUGAAGGAAUCCGUUUUAACGGAUGGAGGAAAGUGUGCGUUUAACGGAUAGCCGUUAAACGGUUUGAGGGAUUAAAAUAAUUCAGCAGCUGUGAGUUGUGGAGAAGCAUUAGUCAGUGUACCUGUUUUUAUAUGCGAUACACUAGGGGAAUUAAGUUAGUGAAUGUAAUAAAUUUUUAUAUCAUGCACCGAAUCCAGUUGCUGCUGAAACUUAAAUAUUUUAACUGUAGAGUGUAGUGUAUUAUAUAUAUAUUCCCGCACAUGCAGGCUAACCCAUGCCGGUAAAGACCUAGCUAUAUGAUCGAAGCUUAUGAUUGGCUAAUUGCCUUCCAAGGUAGUGAAGGUAGUGACCAAUCGUAUUGCAAUAAUGAGUUGUCCCCAUUCUCCAGGCGACAACAAAUGCAGCGCGGCGAGGAACACAUGCACAAAGCACGCAGAAAAAAUUGAGAAGUUACUGUCUGUAUGUGUAGGAAAUUGCAUCAACUUUUGGGUUUUUUGGCUCAUCAUGAUGUGAAAUUGCAAAGGCUGUCACUACAGUAUAUCCAGAAAGACUCACUUGUCAUUGGUAAAGUUGUUUAUUUUAUUUAUUACCGAAAUUACUUGUCAUUGGUAAAGUUGUUUAUUUUAUUUAUUACUGAAAUUAUGUACAUAAUUUUGGCCUUGCAACGUGAACAGGCAGUUUUUCUUUGACAUUUUUGUCAACAAUGAAUAAGGAGCAAAAUAUGUAUUCGUUUAAUAAAUGUUUCUCCUAUUUGUAGACCAAUAUUGCCCAUUAAUUUAUAGUAGCAGUUGACCUCAAUAAAAUUAACUCAUCUAUUUAAUAAAUCUGCACAUAAUUAGUUCCAUUUUCUUGUAUUAUAUAGUAACAUUUUUGCUAUUAUGGGACGUUGAGCUUUAUAAAUAAAAACUUUUGGAAGAUGGCUUUCACUCUACGACAGACAGCCUACUUAUGGUCUGUUUAUAUGGGGUUAACCCAACCUAGAUUAGCUAUAUUCCUUUAAUUACUUUAUUGUUAUUUUAUAUUAAUAAGUAUUUACAUUAGCAAAUGGUGACCGCACAGGACAUAGCCCCAAUUUAUAUUACAGCUACCAUAUAACAACCUAGCUUGGCUACCAUAUAACAACCUAGCUUGGUUAUUCAAUUUAUGUGAGACUGUUGAGGCAAGCAUGGGCUUGCUGGAACAAAACAGGUGUAAAAAAAUAUUAAAUACAACAUGUUGUCAUGAUCCAUCAUCACCUUAAGCUCUAAUCCUAUUUGAGCUGCCAUUAAUUACCAACUGAACUACUGGAGAUACAGGGAUAUUUUAUAUUUGACCAGGUAGACAAUAGAAGUUUAAAGUAAUUUGGCAUCACUACCUACCAAUAUGCCUUAGUUAUAUAAACCUUCUUUCCUCUUGGGCUGGCCUGCCUGGCCAAGACUCUUUUCCAAGUUAUAGAUCUGGGAUAUAACAGCUGGGCAUUAAAUAAUUAAUACAUAAUUCACAUCAAUCUAUUGAUAUAAAGAACAUUUCUUUAUUUUCUUAGGGGGUGUUUAUAUGGAGGAGAGCCUCGUACCCAGGCGCAAGUAACGUACUAAAAAUAGCAACACUACAGUGAUCUCUAUACAAAAACUGUAGUGUUGCUGUUUUUAGUACC